AUGAAGAGCAUGCAAUGGAAUGCGUGUGCGCUGCUUGCAGUCUGUAUUCUACCCAUCAGCUUCUCAGGAGCGCAACGCGUCGACCAAAUAACCCCGAGGUAUGGUAGCACCAAUGGAGCCACACGACUGACACUUAUAGGGGACGGCUUUGCCGACCAGUUCACUCUUAACACUAAUGACCCCAACUUUGGCAACAUUGUGACUCUGGUGUCCAGAACAAGAGUCUUUCCCUGUGAUGUAGAGAGAGAUUCCACACAUUCCAGCAGGAUAACGUGCUACACCAGAGCAAUGCCUGAGGAUGACUAUGAGGUCCAGCUCACAGUGAAUGGUGUUCCUGUGCCUUCCAGUAGUAUAUGUAAUGGAAUGCAGUGGAAUUACUGGUGCAUGUUCCAUACCCUUUGGUACCGCACCCCCUCUAUCCAGUCUAUCACCCCUCUCACCGGCCUGCCAGGCACUGUGGUUCGUCUCCAGGGAAGAAUUUUCACUGAUGUCUAUGGCAGCAACACUGCGCUAAGUUCCAAUGGUCUGAGAGCAUACAUGGGAGGGAUGCCCUGCAAUCUUUUACAGCCGAACUCAGAUGAUCUGUACGGCCUGACUUUGGACUCUGAAUACAGUGACUGGGGUUACAUGAGCUGUAAAAUGACUGGAACAUAUGUGGGACAUCACAACCUCAGCUACAUUCUUGACAGUGAAUUUGGAAGGAGCUUGCCAGACUUUGACGUCUACCAUGUGUCAGCUUUGAACAAGCUGGCAAUGUUCCAAACCUAUGCAGAGGUCACUGGAGUGUCCCCUUCUGAGGGCAGCAUUCUUGGUGGUACAUUGCUUACGAUUCAAGGACAUUACUUUGAUGAGACAGACCGUCCAGCAAAGGUUUUAGUGGGAGGUCAUGAGUGUGAGGUGCAAAGCGUGGCAGACACAGUGAUCACCUGCAGGACCCCAGCAUAUGAGUGGAGCAACAGAACAAUGUUUCCAGGUGGCAGGGGAUUCAAAAUGGAGAUGUGGAAUAAUACCAAUGUACUCAAUCUGGAGGAUGUUUUGAACUAUAAAUCUAGUCGGCCUGGGUACUCUGUCCAGUGGGUGGACUCACUGUCCUACCUGUGGCCCACAGAAAUCGAUUACUUUGUGGCUCGAUUCAGUGGCUUCUUUGUUCCCAUGGAGACGGACAACUACUAUUUCUUAAUCAAAGGAGAUGACCGAAUUCAGCUGUAUUUUAGUAAAACUGGUCAUCCUGAUGAUAAGGUCAAGAUUGCAUAUCUGAAUUCUUACACCACGAGUUUCUUUACAAGUUCAACCCAGAGGUCAGAGGUCAUGCUCCUGGAAGAAGGAAAACCGUAUUAUAUUGAGGUCUUGUUCCAGCAGUACACAGCUGUCUCCUCAGUUGAUGUGGCAUUUUUCAAAGAGAGAAGCUUCUUUACUGCUCAGCAGACUGUCGAUGCUGUUAACGAAAAGCAGAUAAUAUAUUCCCGUUAUGACAUAUUGGAUGAGAAGCAGGUGGUUCAUUUUGAGGGCUGGAACCCAGCUCCCUCUGUCCAGGAGGUGCAGAGAGUGACAGUCACCAGUGGCUGCUUCUCUCUGGGCAGCUGUGACUAUACCUACUAUACCCUUAGCUAUGGAGUCCAAAGAACAGGUCCGAUUCCCGUAAGUGCACCUGCACAGGUGGUAGAGGCUGAGCUGAACGCUCUAUGGACCAUUAAACCAGACACUGUCACAGUCACGAAACAGGGCCCAGCUGCACAGUCACAGUACACGAUUACAUUCAGCUCUAGCAGAGGUGACUUUGAGGAGCUUAGCUAUUGGACAGAUGGGAGCGAUGUGAACAUCACCGUCACUGAGGACGUCAAAGGAAAAGCCGACUUGCAGACAUUUACGCUUCUGUGGGGGGGCAUCCCUUCAAGCCCUGUGCCUUACAACGCCUCAGCAGACGUGGUGCUGUCUGCACUGGAGGAUAUGGUGUCUGCUGCAUGUCCCAAGAAGCUUCUGAAUGUCGAGAAUUCUUUUGUAAAAUAUUUCAGAGACUAUGAGACUGAUAGCACAGGGUUCUCAGGUGACCUGAGCACCAGAGGCACCAGGGUCUCCGACGCCGAGCCCUUCUGCGGUCGCUGGUCCCUCAUGAACCCGACCGUUCUGUUCAGGUCUGAUGACGUGACUUUGACUGGAGAAGCCUAUGGACCAGUGUCACUUCAGCAGCAUGGCACACUCUGCUUUGCGUAUCGGGGAUACCCAAGGAACAGCCUGGAAGUGGUGUUUAACUACCAGGAUAGCUCCGGAGCUAGCUUCUCCAGGACCACUGUAAUCCCUGAAUUGUUUGAAGCAGGGGAUGUAUGGAAAUACACAUGUGUGAAUAUUUUUGGGGAUCUGCAGACAAGCUUCCCUGGCACUAACUACAAUCUGCUUGAGAUACAUCUGUACAGAGACACUGGGGACUACUACAUAGACACAGUUCAGCUUGGUAGAACAGUCACCGUGGCUGACCCAAAUGUGGUUACCAUGGAGAGACGACCUCCUGCUCUGGCCGAUUCUGGUCAUUUCUUCCAGUGGCUCUCCGUGCAGAAGCUGGGAGGAGCGCCACGUGUCGAGUAUGAGAUCACCGUCUCUGGGUUCCACUGUGCUUCUGAUUUCCCUCUAAUGGAGAUAGGCUUUCUUCAGGUGAGUAGAACGGGCACCUGGAUGGAGGAUACGCUGGCGUUUGCCCAGGACAACGCCACAGUCAGCGUGGAACGCGUGCAGAAAGCCAGCCCCCCUCUCAACGGUAGCUUCAGCGUGGAGAUCUUCAGCCAGCGCGUGGAAGGCCUGGCCACGGAUAUCAGCACACAGGAUCUGCGGUACGCCCUGCAAGGCAUUCCAGCCCUGGGCCAGCUGAAAGUGGAUAGGACAGGGGGCUGCAGAGGCUACUUCUGGACCAUUGAGUGGCUUUCUAUGCCAGGCAGCCAGCCUCUACUCCAGAUCAAUGACUCUGCUGUUGUGGGUGUAAACCCCUCUGUGGUAGCAAUAGUCGAACAGCGAGGAGGCCUUUUCAAGCAAAGUAUUAUGGGAGAUUUCCUGCGAGUUCCUACAGAUAAGACACAGGUUGAAGUUUUUAUCAAUGGUAUCCCAUCCAUAUGUUCCUAUGACUGCAGCUUCACCUGGAGUGAAGCUAGGACACCAGUUGUGACAGGAAUCUCCCCAACACAAGGAGCCAGCGCUCUAGGAACAGUCCUCAGUGUCUCAGGAUCUGGAUUUGAUGUAAAUUCCACAGUGCUGAUUGGGAACAUCCAGUGCACAGUUCUCUAUGUUAACAACACAUGGUUGAACUGUAGCAUUGGCGCUGCCAGUGCUGGACUGUACCCAGUCUCUCUGAGUUUCCCAGGCUUGGGCUAUGCUCAGUACCAAGGAGGCAAGGUUUUCAACUUCACCUACCAGAUGGGAGUGACCUCCAUAGUCCCCACGGCAGGCAGCAUUACUGGAGGAACGAUCAUAACCAUUUCUGGCUAUGGCUUCAGCCAGGACACCACAGUCACCAUUGGGAACGCUUUAUGUUUCAUCAUCGACAUGAACCUGCAGCAGCUCAGAUGUAGAGCGCCUGCUGGGCCAGCCGGAGCGAAGGCACUGACCCUGCUGAAGGGGGAGACGCAGGUUGUGGCAAGUGACUCUUUCACAUAUGACACCAACCUGACAGCAAUCAUUACUGGUGUGAGCCCACAGAGAACAACUGUGUUAGGGCAUGACAUUCUCAACAUCACGGGUAAAAACUUCGAGGCCUGGGCCAGUGGCAGCGCCGUGCUCAUUGGUGAAACUGAGUGUGCCGUGCAGCUUUGGGCCAGUGACGUCAUUACUUGUCAGUUACCCGCACUCCCCCCUGCGGUCUACAGUGUCAGCGUUCGUGUGGGAAACCGUGGCUAUCCCCAGAUCAGCGCUGAUGUGCACACCACCAUCGAGUAUGUUUUGCAAGUGACUGGCCUCUAUCCACAGCAAGGCUCUCUAUAUGGUGGCACCACAGUGACAAUCGCUGGUUCUGGAUUCAGCCCUGUUCUUGCAGACAACAGUGUCACACUGGGUGACACGCGCUGUGAAGUCACUAAUGCCUGGGACCAUCAGCUGGAGUGCGUCACCCAGACUAAUGAGCAAACAUAUACAGUUACAAACCAAGGCUUCGACUUCAACUACGGUCAGGGGUACGCGUGGAGUCCCGCUGUGGUGAUGGCGUCUCUAGGAGACACAGUGGUCUGGAGCUGGGAGGCCCUGCCUUUUGUGUUCGGCCUGGGCUACCGAGUCUUCAGCGUGGCCACCCCCAGCAGCACGGAGUUUGAUGGAGUGACCUUCAACAGCGGCAACACUAGAACAGCUACAGGGUUCUUCAGCUACCGUUUCACGACCCCUGGGGUGUACUACUACAGCAGCGGCUACAUCGAUUCAGCAAACCAGAGAAGCAUGCAGGGCGUGGUGAAUGUCAGGCCACUAGAGGAGACGAACGGUUUGCUCCACGUUACUAUAGGGGGAUUUCAAGCUCUCCAGCACCUAGUUCCAGAAAACGUGAAUGGGUCGGUGUCUGAUUGUGUGGCCUUCUCCGAGUGCCCUGGAUCUAACAGGACGUCCAGCGGCCUCUACUUCAGUUUCUCCACCUGUCCCAGCCCCAUUGUCACCUCCAUCUCACCCAGACAAGGCACAGUGUAUGACCCCAUUGUCAUCCAGGGAUCUGGCUUCAGCAACACCCCUUGUGCCAAUGAGGUCAUGAUUGGAAACGUUUCCUGUAACGUGAUCAGCAGCACCUCCACUGAGAUGAUCUGCCUCCUGCAGCCCAACAGUGGUGCGCCUGUUGGUAUGCCCCUGCCCGUCAGUGUGCAUAUCAGCAACCUGGGCAACGCCAUGCUCACCAUGCCCAGCGAGUCUGCCCGCCGCUUCGUGCUUUUACCUGUGGUGGAUACCAUCUCGCCUGUGGCAGGCAGCACGACAGGCCAUACCCGUGUACUCAUCACCGGAUCCGGCCUCACCGACGGCGCGGUCACAGUGGCCGGUGCCCCGUGCAUCACCGUGUCCAGCAACUACACUCACAUCACGUGUGACACGUCUCCGUCACCAGCACACACCGGAGACGUCUCUGUCCUUGCUGCCGGCGUCUCUUCGUCCUGCAAUGGCGACUGCUCCUACGAAUACUCCGAGUCCAUGGCCCCCAUGGUUUUUUCCAUUUACCCCAGCUCCGUCAGCGGGAAUCUCACGGCCGUCUUCGUAAAUGGCAGCGGGUUUGGUGACCACCUUGAAGAUCUCAUUGUGUACGCGGAUAACAUCGUGCUCGAUGUCAUGGAGGUCACGGACACCAACAUGAUGCUGUUGGUUGGACCCUUGCCCGCCGGUCCACAUGCCCUUCUGGUGGUGGUUCUAAGCAAAGGGCUGGCCCACGGAGACACAGUGCUCACCAGCCUGCCCCUGGCCAGCUUACAGCCCAGCUCAGGAAGCCUUGCAGGAGGAACCCUGCUGACAAUCACAGGGAACGGCUUUGUAGUGGGGAACACCAGUGUGAUGCUGGGGUCCUGCCCUUGCUCCAUAGUGCAGGGAACUCCCUUCAUGGUGACAUGUUUGACAUGUGCCAAUGUCGAAAGGCAGGUGCAGGUAAAUAUUCAGGUGUUUGGGGUGAUUUACCCACCUCUGAGCUUCAACUACACUCGUCAGCAAACUCCGGAGAUCACCAGUGUGAGUCCUGCAACAGGUCCCAGUGGGAUAGCGAUCACCGUGUCUGGUUCUGGGUUUGGCUUGGAUGCUGGCCUUGUUUCAGUGGCAAUAGCUGGUGUGGCAUGUGAUGUGUCCUCCAUCACGGACAUGGUGUUGCAGUGCACUGUGGGGUCCCAUCCAGGAGGAACAUACCCAGUCACGCUGCAUCACCAGGUCAAAGGUGAUGCCCUGAACCAGGCCGACUUCACCUAUGAGCUUCGACUGACCCUGGUCACGCCUAAUGAAGGAAGUUACGGUGGAGGUGCGUUGGUGACAGUCCAAGGCUCUGGGUUUGACCCACAGUCUUCUAGAGUACUGAUCUGCAGAGGGGAAUGCAGUGUCAACAGAAACACAUCUACGUCCUCUGCAAUCUACUGCGAGGUUCCACCCAACAACGGAGCUCAAGGGGAGGAGCCAUGCUCAGUGACAGUGCUGAACGCCUAUGGGUCAGCCAACAUGACGAACGGCUAUACCUACAAAGCCAGCCUGACUCCCGUCAUUACGGAUGUGUCACCACGCAGGGGAGGAACAGCUGGGGGCACUCUGCUUACCAUCACCGGCUUUGCUUUCAGUGGUGGGGAUGUUACCGUGACGAUCACAGGCUCAGUCUGUGAUGUCCAGUCAGCCAAUGACACAUCAGUCAUCUGUGUGACUGGAUCCCAACCCAAAUCCCAGAUGAGUAGUAUCCGACUGCAGGUUGGCGACAGAGGGAUCGCCCAGACGAACCACUCUGAUUUCUUCUACAUUGAUGUGUGGUCGUCUCGCUACACCUGGGGUGGUGAGUCCGCCCCUGAGGCAGGCAUGUUUGUGGUCAUCACCAAAGGCCAGACCAUCCUCCUCGAUGUCAGCACACCAGUGUUAAAGAUGCUUCUCAUCCAAGGUGGAAAGUUGAUCUUUGACGAGGCGGACAUCGAGCUGCAGGCAGAGAACAUCCUCAUCACAGACGGCGGAGCCCUUCAGAUUGGAACAGAGGACCAGCCGUUCCAGCACAAGGCCAUCAUCACUCUGCACGGCCACCUGCGCUCCCCGGAACUGCCCAUCUAUGGGGCCAAAACGCUGGGCAUUAGAGAAGGAGUGCUGGACCUGCACGGCAUCCCAAUCCCAAUCCCUUGGACCCGCCUUGCCCAAACCGCCAGCAAUGGGUCCAGCACGCUGAUCCUGAUGGACACUGUCACCUGGAGAGUCGGAGAUGAGAUUGUCAUCGCCUCAACAGGACCCAGGCACAGUCAGAACGAGAAUGAGGUGAGGACCAUUGCAACCGUGUCGGCUGAUGGGCGGCUCCUGACCCUAACUCAGCCAUUGAACUACAAACACCUGGGGGUGUCCAUCACACUGCCUGAUGGGACUGUGUUUGAGGCAAGGGCGGAAGUCGGCGUGCUCACCAGGAACAUCGUCAUCCGUGGAUCCAUCAACCAAGAGUGGAGUGAUCAGAUUAGUGCCUGCCCUGAUGGCUUUAAUACCGGGGAGUUUGCCACCCAGACAUGUUUCCAAGGAAGAUUUGGGGAAGAAACUGGAAGUGACCAGUUUGGUGGCUGCAUUAUGUUCCAUGCACCUAGGCCCAAUGAAAAUCUGGCCAUCGGCAGAAUCGAAUAUGUCGAGGUCUUUAACGCUGGUCAGGCGUUCCGCCUCGGCCGCUACCCCAUCCACUGGCACCUAGUCGGCGAUGUCAAGUUCAAGUCAUAUGUUCGCGGUUGUGCCAUCCACCAGACAUACAACCGUGCCGUCACCAUCCACAACACCCACCACCUGCUGGUGGAGCACAAUGUUAUCUACAACAUCAUGGGAGGGGCGUUCUUCAUUGAGGAUGGCAUCGAGACAGGCAACGUGUUGCAGUACAAUCUGGCUGUGUUCGUCAGGCAGAGCACCAGCCUGCUGAAUGACGACGUGACCCCAGCCGGCUACUGGGUCACCAACCCCAACAACACCAUCCGGCACAAUGCCGCUGCCGGAGGCACCCAUUUCGGCUAUUGGUAUCGGAUGCACGGCCACCCAGAUGGGAUGUCUUAUGAUUACAGCAUCUGCCAGAAGAUGGUGCCACUCGGGGAGUUCUUCAACAACUCCGUGCACUCGCAGGGCUGGUUCGGCCUGUGGAUCUUCCAGGAGUAUUACCCCCAGCAGGGUGGAGCCUGCGGCUGGGCCACGCCCGUGCCAGCCGUCUUCUGUCGCCUCACGUCGUGGAACAACCAGAAGGGAGCCGAGUGGGUGAACGUGGGUGCUGUGCAAUUCCAGGAGUUCCUGGUGGUCAACAACGAGGUGGCAGGUGUGGAGACCAAGCGCAUCAUCCAGCAGUAUGUGAGUGGCUGGGACCUGCAGGGCGGCGCCGCACUGGUCAACAGCACCUUCGUGGGCCAUGUGGAUGAGCUGGGUCUGGGCAGAGACUACUGCACAGCCCGCGCCAUUGUUCUGCCCCUGGACGACGGCAUGAGUGUGCUCGGCGCCAAGUUCGUGAACUUUGACCGGCCAUCUUGCGCUGCAAUUGGCGUCACCUCGAUAGACGGCGUCUGUACCCAUCUGUGCGGUGGCUGGAGUGCCAAAUUCAGUGGUGUCCAGUUUUAUCAGUCACCCAACAAGGCAGCCUUCAGAUGGGAACAUGAGAUAGCACUCAUAGAUACCGAUGGAACUCUAACAGGCAAUCCUGGCUCUAAGGUUGUGCCUAAGAGCAAACUGUUGGACCCAGCUCACUGCUCUGACGACCCGGCUUGGAGUGCGGGCUUCCCUGGGGCAGUGUGUGAUAACACCAUAAGCUUCCACCGUCUGGCCUUCAACAACCCUUCACCUUACUCACUCAUAGCCAAAGAUGUCAUACUCACCAACACAUAUGGGACAAGUGUCCUUCCCUUUGUUGAGAAAUUGAUUACACACAGCUUUGGUUGGAUGGCGCUGCUACCGUCGGACAAAACCUACAACUGGUACUUCCACGGUGCCUCCCAGAUUACAAACAUCUCAUACAACGCAAUGUUCUAUGGCUUCAGGCCAGAAGAUUAUGUCAUUGUGAAUCACAACCUGACUCAGAGUCCUGACUGGUUUCAUAUAGUAGACAACAGAGUUGGCUCCUCCGAACCCCUGAAUGCCAGUGUGAAUGUCAAUGGAGACUGGUACUUUAACAAAUCCUCCAACAACCUCUACUACAUGGUAUCUGGCAGAGAGACUCCCUCUCGCGGUCAGACGGGCAGCGUGGACAGGUCGACGGCAGACAGAGCUGUGGCGUUCAGCGUGUACACCUGUUUCUUCCCCAACUGUACUCUGCCGUCACCGCCUCCUCCCACCACGCUCGCGCCUCUGCCCGGUAGCAAACCUGCCAACUUCAUGUACGUUGCAGACACUCGGUAGAAAGCAAGACCAAAAAAUGCUUGGUCCAAUGAUUCUUUUUGGAGAUCAUCCCCAGAGAACAAUUUCACUGUGCCACGAGAGGGUGCAGAUGUCAUCAUUCCCACAGGAGUUUGGAUGGUUUUGGACACUACCAUCCCUGCCUUAAACAAGCUCACUGUGGUGGGAGUCCUCGAGAUUCCAGACGCCACAAACAGCACGGCCAGCCGCGCUGCCCCAGGCAUCCCCGUCACUGUAGUCGUGAAUGCCACAUACAUCUCCAUCCAGGGAGGGCAUCUGCUUGCAGGCCAGCCUGACCGGCCCUUCAGUGGUGAGCUGCACAUCAUUCUGAGAGGAGAUUACCGCACGCCUGAAUGGCCUCUGCCCUCCGGACCAAACCAAGGAUCUAAAGUGCUGGGUGUCUUUGGUAGCCUUGACUUGUACGGGAUGCCACACAAUGUGUAUCACACUAAACUGGCCAACGCUGCACAGGCUGGUUCCAGCUCUCUCUCACUGAUGGAGGCUGUGGACUGGCAGGCAGGGGAUGACAUCGUGCUGUCCACCACCAGUUACGACCCAUGGCAGACAGAAACUCAUACCAUCGCGGUUGUAUCGGAUGAUGGCCUGACUCUCACCCUGGAUCAUCCUCUCGAUUACACACACAUCGCGGAGAACUAUGCAGUGCCUGGUACCUCACAGAGCUACAGGCUGGCGAGUGACGUGGGUCUGCUAAGCAGGAACAUUAAGAUCAUCGGGCAAAACUACCCAGGCUUGUAUGAGGAGUCAUUUGGAGCCAGGGUGCUGGUUGGGGCCUUUUCCAUGGGAGGAGUCAACUACAGAGGGAAGGCCCAGAUAAGAGAUGUAGAGUUUUAUCUCACCGGCCAGGAAGGAUGGACAGACUACACUGAUCCUCGCUAUUCUUUGGCUUUCCUCAACCUGGGAGUGGUGAAUCAGAAUGAGUCAUAUCUAAAGGGAUGUGCGUUCCACCAUGGCUUUGCACCAGCUGUUGGCAUCUUUGGAACGCAUGGCCUAAAUGUCGAUGACAACAUCAUCCACCAUACCGUAGGAGAAGUUCUCUUUAUUCGUAGGAAUCAGAGUAACAUCACAGUCCGGAGGAAUUUGGUCACCAUGACACUCUGGCCCGGCUCAUACAACGGAAGACAGGACACCUUCAACUUCAACUGGAAUGCAGCUAUUGAGGCAAAUACAGGAACUAAUGUAGUUCUUCAGGGGAACACAGUUGCUGGUUAUGAGAGAGUGGGAUUCAGCAUUGAUGGAGAACCCUGCCCAGGAACCUUUAGUCCAGUGGCUCAGUGGCAGGAAAAUGAGGCCCACGGAGGUCUGUUCGGAAUCUACAUGAACAACGAUGGGCUCCCUGGCUGUGUUCAAAUCCAAGACUUCACAGUUUGGAGAAGUUUUGAUUUUGGCAUUUACUUCCAGGUGUCCAUGAGUGUGCUCAUCUCUAAUGUCACUCUUGUUGACAAUGGCAUGGGUAUCAUGCCAUUAAUCUACGGACCUUCCGCAGUCACCCAUGAAUAUUCAAACAAAACUGUGACAGUCCAGAAUGCCUUAAUUGUUGGCAGCAGCCCCAACUUCAACUGCAGUGACCGUCAGCCUUUAGAUACCAUCAACAUUGCUCUUACUGCAAGCAGUAGGGCUCCCCGGCCUCUAAAUGGUGGCAGGACUGGAAUCUCCUGGCCAACAUUCGAGUCAUCUCAGAAUGGUGCUCCAGUACACUCCCAUGAUGGACUCAUGAGCUACCCCGCCAUCAGUGGACUACUAACUGUCACUGAUACCACUUUUGUUGGGUUUAUGAAUGUAUGUUCAAGCCAAACCAAUUAUAUGUUUAUGACUGAUCCAAACAACGAAGACCUGGAGCAUCCUAUCAGCGUUAGGCGGAUCACAAAAAGCAACAGCACAGACGAAGCUCUGGUGUUCAUUCACCAUCCAGACCUGAGCAAGGUGAACCCCUCUGACUGUGUGGAUAUGGACUGUGAUGCUAAGAAGAAAGCCUUGCUUAAGGACCUAGAUGGUAGUUUCCUUGGGGCUGUGGGUGCCGUGAUUCCAAAGUCCGAGUAUGAGUGGAAUGGUGAUCCCCGGCAUGGCCUGGGAGACUACCGCAUCCCCAAGGUCAUGCUCACCUACCUCAAUGGCAGCCGCAUUCCUGUUAUGAAAAUAGCACCAAAUAAAGGCAUAAUCCGGAACAACUGCACAUAUAUUAGCACCUGGCAGGCCUACAAGUGCUUUGGUCUGGACUACCUGAUGCUGGUCAUAGAGAGCCUGGAUGUGGACACUGAAACCAGACGCCUGUCUCCGGUCGCUGUGCUGGGAGAUGGCUAUUUGGACUUGCUUAAUGGCCCACAGGACCAUGGCUGGUGCUUUGGCUACACAUGCCAAAAGAGAGUCUCUCUCUUCCACAGCAUUGUAGCCACAAACCAUUCCUUUGACAUCUACUUCAGUAGUAUAUCCCCACAGAAACUGAGGUUGAUGAUGCUGAAUGCUGCACCCAGUGAGGCUGUUCGGGUAGCUGUGUUUUAUUCGAAUCCUCAACGCUUGGAUGUUUAUGCAAGUGAUCAUCUGGUUGCUCCAAACAAUGCAAAGUGGAAUAGCGACAACACAAAUUACCUCUUGCUUCAGCCAACCUACAUAGAUCAAUACAUGCCUGGUUAUGACUCCCCCCAUGGCUCCAACUACUUUGACCCCGAUUACAAAAUACUUCACAUCCUGGUCCGGGGCUCCAAACCCGUGCAGAUACGUACAUCGCCCCUCCUGAUCAUCGCCUUCAACAUCCCAGCCAUGACGGAGGCGGAGUUCUAUGGGGACAAGCUGGUGCGCAACUUGGCUCUGUUCCUGAACAUCCCAAGUAACAUGAUACGCAUCACCAACAUUGUGCGGGAGGGCAGCACGGUGAACAGGCAAAAGCGUGCCACGGCACUGAUGGUGCAGGUGCAGAUCAGUCAGCCACCUGUCAACCAGUUGUCCACUAACAGCACUGGCGAUGUGCAGCAGUAUGCUUUGCUGAAAAGCACAGCUGACACCAUAGGUCAGGCCGCCGUCUUUGGAAACCUGAGUCAGGCCAUUGGUUUCAAUGUGUCAACAGUGGAACUCAGUCUCCCAAUGCCUCCUCCCAGUGACCCAUCUUGGAGCCAAGUGGCCGGCCAGCAGGUUACGCGGGAGAGUCCAGCAGUGAGCACCCUGAGUAGCGUGUCUGCCCUGAGAGUGGUGGUGGAUCCACUGGCAGGCCUACAGCCUGGACUCCUGAUCCAGCAGCCCUGCAUCAUGGCUGUGGACCAGCAGGGUAACUGUGUGUCAGUGGGAGUGACGUCACUAACAAUUUUAGCCACGCUACAAGAUGCUCAGGGAAACCAAGUGAGCGGUCUAUCCGGAAACACCUCCAUCCCCUUCAGUGGCUGCUGGGGCAAUUAUACUGACCUGGCCAUCUCCACUUCUGGAGAGAACCUGACAUUAGCUUUCACUCUGAACACAUGGCAGGUUCAAUCCAGGGCCUUUACUGCUUCUUCUAUCACAACUCUGACUAACACCACAUCAUCAGUGGCGAGCACCACCCAGAGCUCCAGUGCCAUAGUAACAGGGACUGUGAAUGUACUCACACUGCUGAGUGCCCUGCUUCUGUUGUAUUGCGCAGCAUAGGCGAGCAUUGGGAGUAAAUAACCAGACUUGUGUUCUGUAAAGUAGCAAAAAGUCAUUUUUCCAAUGA